AUGUUCCCAGCCAUUCUUGUGUUCGGAGACUCCACAAUCGACACCGGAAACAACAACUACAUUAGUACAAUCAUCCGGGCUAACUUCCCUCCUUACGGCUGCAACUUCCCCGGCCGUCACGCCACGGGAAGAUUCUCUAACGGUAGACUCAUCCCUGACUUCAUUGCAUCCCUUAUGGGAAUCAAAGACACCGUUCCUCCUUUCCUCGACCCGCAUUUGUCGGAUUCCGACAUUCUAACCGGAGUGUGCUUUGCCUCGGCCGGUUCAGGUUACGACAACUACACGGAUCUCGCUACUUUAAGUCUAUCCAUAGACAAACAAGUAGACAUGUUCAGAAGUUACGUGGCUAGGCUGAGCAGGAUCGUUGGGGACGAGAAAGCGGCUAAGAUAGUCAGUGAGGCUCUUGUGAUUGUAAGCUCGGGAACUAAUGAUUUUGAUAUAAAUUUAUAUGAUACUCCUUCUCCUCGUAUCAAGCUCGGCGUCGAAGGUUAUCAAGAUUUCAUUCUCUCGAGUGUACACAACUUCGUUCAAGAACUAUAUGACAUUGGGUGUCGGAAAAUAAUGGUACUGGGACUACCGCCGAUAGGAUGUUUACCGGUACAGAUGACGUUUGCUAGACAAAAACAGAACGAGAGACGAUGCAUCGACAAAGAAAACUCAGAUUCACAAGAGUAUAACAGGAAGUUAAAGAAGUCCCUGACGGAUAUUCAAUCCAAUCUAACCGGUAGUGUCAUCUUCUACGGCGAUAUCUACGAAGCAAUAUUGGACAUGGCUACUAAUCCUCAAACUUACGGAUUCAAGGAGACAACGAGAGGAUGCUGCGGAACAGGAGAGCUGGAGCUAUCAUACCUGUGCAAUCCUUUAACCCGGACUUGUCCUGACGCUAAUGACUACCUUUUCUGGGAUGACAUUCAUCCUACCCAACUUGCUUACCUAGUCGUUAGUCUCAGUCUUGUUGAUCAAAUCCUUCAUGUACUCCAUUGA